UUUACAAUUGUCAAGCAUACUAGUGUGAUUCUUACAUGUCCUUGGUGUAGUGAACCUUUUGAUUAUUUUAUGAAAAUAUGGCAGUGGGUGUUCAUAUUCGAAUGUAACCAAUCCCUAAUAAAUGACAAUGGGCAAUAAAAAUUAUCAAUCGUUGUCCACAAAGAAGGGGGAAUUUUUCUUUAAACGCCUUAGACAAAAACUUUAGAUCAGUUCGAUUUUUAUAGUCUUAUUAUUAAUUUUCACAAUGCAAAAUAUUUAAGAUUAUAUUUAUCAAGAUAGUAAAUGGAGAAAGGUAGCCCAUCACACACUUCCUAUUAUUGCUUUUCCUAUAAGAGGCUAGUAAUAAAAAGCGCCGAAAAGAUAAAUUAAUGCAUACCUUAGCCUCCCUAAUGCUUAGACCUUGAGGUGUAAACCUAAUAAAUGGCACUAAGGCAUAAAUUUCAAAGCAAUUAAUGAAGCCUCGCGUGAAACGGGAGUCAAGGCAUGAGCUUCAAAUAGCUUUAUUAACAAUAGACCCCAAGUUAAUUUUAUACACACUAUAAGAUAUCCUGUGUUUCACUGUUUUACUUGAUAACCGGUAAUAUAGUAACAUAUAAAAUAAAAGUAUAAAUAUAAAAGUAUUUCUUAGUUAUCGGGAAUUUCAUUUACUAUCAUAACAUGUUAUCACUGGCUAUAUUAAUUGUUAGAGGGCCUAGACAAUGAUGCAGCGUCAGAUGCCGGGACAGCUGAAUCAUCAUCUGCCAAUGCCUGAUGUUCACAAAGACAUCCUCUCUGUCUCAGAUGAAUGGGAUAUGUAUCCAUUCCCACAUGACGUGCAUGGCAUGCUUAAUAAUCCAGACAACAUGCCCAAUCUAGAUGCUAUAAUACGGUAGAUGAAUAUUACAGUUGCUUCUUUUACUUCUAUCCUUGCCACUGCAACGGCUAGAGAGCAGUAUUAUAUUCUGCGUGAGAAUUUAUGUCCUCUUGUUGAUGAAUUGGAGCAUGAUAAUGCACUAAAAAUUACAGGUAUGUUUCUGGAGCUUCCCCUGGCAGACGUUCUGCAUUUGCUUGUAUCAGAGGAUGCUCUGAAUGCAAGAGUUGCCGAGGCUAUGGAAGUCCUGAUGGGAGCUCCGUCGGCUAGCAGCUCGGCUGACCAAGUGGACUCGCAUUCAACAGUGACAACCUUGUUUCUUGGGUGCCUUUCGUGGUUCCCGGCCAUCUGGAACCAACUCUUUUCUAGUGAGGCCACAAGAAACUAGAAUAAAGUCUUCGGGUUAUAUUUAGGUUUUGAAUUUGAUAGAUCAAAUACUUUGGGUUUAUAAUAAAUAUUUUUUAGUUUCAAAUGAUCUUUUGGAUUCUUAAGAUUCAUGAUAUAUGCUUCUUGUUGUUCUCAAGGAUAUACAAUAUUUUAAAUUUGAUGGUAAACAAAUAAAUAUUCCCAACUGCAAAUAUAUUUUGUACAUUGGUCAUGUUUUGCAGAAUGAUGAUUCCAUAUACUGAGCAACAUAUGUCGCAAGAUUUGCAGUGGAUUUUGGUUGUACUGAAAUUUUUAAUCAGUAUAUAUUGGCAAGGAAAGUUUCUUUAAUUGUUUGAAGACUAGUUCUCUGUUUUGAAUUAGAACCAUCCACAUAUAUAUACACAGAGUUGUUGCCUAAUCCGUCUAUGAUUCUACGCUAUUUCCAUUCAUAAUACAGCGUCUUAUAAUGCAUAAUAGUUGACUGAUUUAAAGAGUUGGGUUAUCAAGAUGGUCAAGCCCUUCCCUGGUUGAAUAGUACGAGGAAAUAUGAUUAGAGGGUUGCUCAGCCAUCUUUGCCCAGUGAAAAUACACACGACCCAAGAAUAAAAGACAACAAUAUCAAAUAUAUCUUUGUAGAAGUUGAGAAAGCCCAGAGAUCAUGAUAAUAUAAUAACAAAUGAUCAAAUCCCUAGAAAUAAGGAAUUGUGCUGAUUGCUAACAUCUCUAGCCUUCAUGGCAAAAGCAAAACCUCUCAUAAAGUAUACCUAACCGUUGUUUCUCGAAAGCAUUUUCUGUUUUGGUCCAUUAAUAACAUCUUGAG